ACUCUUUCCACCACAAUGAACAUCUUCAAGAGUAUAAUCGGCAACUUCUGGCAGGACCCUAAUGCCAAAGAGAUCUGCUCGAUUCCGGGUGGCACUCUUUAUAUUGUCCGGCCAGGCAACAUCCGGACCUCCCGUGAAUGCAUCUAUCCAGAAGCGAUGGCGGCGAUUCGACGCGUGUCCAGCGUCGAGCAUCACUUCCAGCUUGUCGUAACACGGGUUUACGAGGACGGAGACCAGGAGCUGCUUGAGGACGAAGACGAAACGGACGCGGAGAAGACGUUUCUCAUCGCCGAAGAGCUGGAGUUCCGGAUCGGUGAAACCGAUGGCGAGCCCAACUUUACUUGGCGGGAUCUUCAGGGCGAUGUGGACGAAUUCUACGAGUUCACGACAGCAGCGACCAACGCCCCAACGCGUGCCUUCUUCGAGGUUUGCAUGUAUAGGGCCAUGUACGAACGGAAAUAUCGGGUCGCAGCGGACAAAGACAAAGUGACCGAUAAAGACUUGGAGGAGUUCGUGUGGAAAGCUCCUGCUGAAACAAAGCCAGCUCAAAGGAAGAAGGUCAAAGGAGAAGAAGCCUAUACGAAAGGCUCGCCUCUACUUGAUUUGCCUGUUGCAGUCGAGAAAGAGACCGACUUAUUUUAUUGGGACCAUGAACAGAACGCAUUUGUUGAACAUGGGCCCGUAACUGCCAGGGUUCUCAAAGGCGAUGCGUUCAACAGCUGGCUCACGGCUUCAUCUGGCGAUGACCAACUGCUCGCUCACAAGAUUUCGUCCGACAUGAAUCAGCGCUGGUCGACCAAGAUGCGGUCUUUGACCUGGAAUCAUCGCGGCGACGAUCAGAAUAUGACCAGCUGGGUGUUGAGGUUCCGCAGUCUAGAAGACUUUGAAGUAGUGCAACCCAUCUUCACCCAAGCAUUAUGGGAGAUGUUGUACCAGACGGCUUGGGGGAAAAUGAAGCCGGAUGAACAGAACUACGUGUUAAGUUCGAACACGGAGGAUGUUGAGAUGGCGGAUGUUUCCGACGAGGAAGAGGAAGAAGAACAAAUCGAGUCUGAACUAGUACCGGAUGCAUCAGAUUCUGAAUCGGAAGAGGAAGAAGAAGAGGAAGAGGAAGAGACAAUGCCAAAGGGUGAAGUCAAUUCUCAACUGACUGUGGGGUACAAAGGCGACCGAUCCUAUGUCGUGCGAGGAAGUAACAUUGGCUACUUCACCCGCGGCAAUGACCAGAAAACCAUCAAAUACGGCGGUACCAUCGCUAGUAAAACCACCAAGGGCAAGGAGUUCAAGCCCUCUCAAAUCAUGCUACACGACCAGGACACCAAGCUGAUUCUCAAGAAUCCCGGCGACCCUCAUACGCUCUAUAGCAUGGAUUUGCAGCAGGGCAGGAUCGUUGAAGAGUGGAAAGUCCACGACGACAUUACUGUCGACCAUAUAGCGCCAGAAAACAAAUUUGCGCCAACUACUCAUGAACAGACCCUCGUUGGCGCGUCACACAACGCGUUAUUCAGGAUCGAUCCUCGUGUGUCGGGCACCAAGAUGGUCGAGAGCCAGUUCAAGCAAUAUGUCAGCAAGAACAAAUUCUCAGGAGUCGCCACCACGAAAGAGGGCAAGCUCGCCGUUGCGAGCGAGAAGGGAGACAUUCGCAUGUUUGACUCGAUUGGCAAGAACGCAAAGACCGCCUUGCCGCCUCUGGGUGAUCCAAUUAUUGGUAUCGACGUCACUGCAGAUGGACGAUGGAUCGUGGCCACCACCAAGACAUACUUGUUGCUUAUUGACACACUUAUCGGCGAAGGAAGAUACGCUGGUAGCCUAGGCUUUGACCGCAGCUUCCCGGCUACUGCCAAACCAGUUCCUCGUCGACUCCAGCUCCGAGCAGAACAUGUUGCAUUCAUGGGCCACGACAUCUCAUUUUCUCCUGCAAGGUUCAACAUGUCCGAAACACAGACGGAGAACGCGAUUGUGACUUCAACCGGCCGGUUUGUGAUUGCCUGGGACUUCAACAAAGUGAGGAAGGGCAUGCUGGACAAGUAUGAGAUCAAGCGGUAUGAAGAUGUCGUGGUGCAAGACAACUUCCGGUUUGGGGACGACCAGGAAAUUAUUGUUGCGAUGGCAAACAAUGUCGUGUCGAUGAAUAAGCAGCAGCUUAAACGGCCCACCCGUAUGUCGCUCGGCGCCCCGAGACGGAGCUCCCGCAGUCAUUCGGCCAUUGUCAAUGCGCCUUAUUAG